GUGCAUUUUUCCAUCAUGCCUGCCAAGAAGGUCACCAAGGGCUCUGCCCAAGCCGCUCCCGCGAAGACUGCCGCCAAGGCCGGUGCCAAGCCCGCCGGCUCGACUGCGUCCAAGAAGAAGGGUGCUGAUCCUUUGUUCCCUUCUGCCCCCAAGAACUUCCGUUUGGGGGGUGACAUCCAGCCCAAGCGCGACGUGUCCCGCUUCGUGCGCUGGCCCAAGAACGUGCGCCUCCAACGCCAAGCCAAGAUCUUGCAAACGCGCCUCAAGGUUCCUCCUUCCGUGAACCAAUUCACCAACACGUUGGACAAGAACCACGCGUCCGACUUGUUGAAGCUCUUGUUGAAGUACCAGCCGGCAACGAAGGCUGCCAAGCAACAGCGCUUGAAGGACAUUGCCGCCGGCAAGGAACAAGCCGCGGCUCCCCCUGCCACGAUCAAGUUUGGCUUGAACCACGUGACCUCCUUGAUCGAAAACAAGAAGGCCAAGUUGGUCGUGAUCGCCCACGACGUGUCGCCGUUGGAAUUGGUCGUGUUCUUGCCUGCUUUGUGCCGCAAGAUGGACAUCCCAUACGUCAUCUUCAAGGGCAAGGCUCGCCUCGGCCAACUCGUCCACAAGAAGAACGCUGCCGUCGUCGCGUUGACCCAAGUCAACAAGGAAGACAAGGCCAAGUUUGACUCGUUGAACACGGCAUUCCGCGCUCAAUUCAACGACGAAACCACCCACCGCCGCAAGUGGGGUGGCGGCAUCAUGGGCUUGAAGACCCAAAAGAAGUUGGAGUUGCGUGCCAAGGCCAUCGCCGCCGAAGCCGCCAAGAAGGCCCAAUACUAAGUUAUUGGCCAGCUUCUUGCAAACCACCGCACUCUAGGGAAAAUCUGAUGGAAAAAUGAGAUGCUAAUACACGUGUGCACGUGUUGAGGCAAGUCAAUGCUAAGUUAAAUUUGUCGAAACUCUGUGCCUUGGUGGCUAACGGCCAACUUCGUAC